GCCGCCAAACAAAUUAAUAGGUAUUAAUUUAACAUCCAAGGUGGCCUAGUUUAUUCCGCCAAGGUGUAUUGAGUAGAGAAUAAUUAGACCUUAGCACAGAGCACUUCGUUUAAGCAAUACUAACAAUAACAUUGUGGAAGUCGCAGUGCUAAAUCCCUUUAUUAUAUUACUUAAGUAAACAUAUUUGCUUCCGAAAAAUGGGUGUGAAGGACUUAUGGUCGGUACUAACUCCACAUGCCGAAAGAAAGCCGCUGUGUGAAUUACGUGGUAAAAUAGUUGCCAUUGACCUAUCUGUUUGGGUCUGCGAAAGUUUGAACGUGGUAGAUUACUUUGUACAUCCCAGGCAUCAUUUAAAAAACCUUUUCUUUCGGACAUGCUACUUAAUUUGGGAAGACGUGACACCCAUUUUUAUACUCGAAGGAGCGGCCCCCAAAUUAAAAAGUCAAAUAAUAAGCAAACGUGCUGAAUUGCAGUUUCGCGGUACCAAACCAAGUCAAAGCAAGAAAGCUGACACACAAGCAUCGCAGCUGAAGGAUAAGGAUAAAGGGAGAACUCGAUUUAAUCAUGUGCUGAAACAAUGCGAGAACUUAUUACAAUCUAUGGGUAUACAAUGUGUUUACGCACCAGGAGAGGCCGAAGCGUACUGUGCGUUUCUCAACAAAAAAGGGUUAGUAGAUGGGGUGAUCAGCCAGGACUCGGAUUGCUUUGCUUAUGGUGCUUUACGUGUCUAUCGUAACUUUUCAGUAUCCACUCAAGGCGCACAAGCCGCUCAAGGCGGGGCAGUUGAUAUUUAUGACAUGCAAGAAAUUAGAAAAAAGAUGGACUUUGGCCAACACAAGACCAUUGUAAUGGCGCUACUCUGCGGGUGUGAUUAUUGUCCCGAGGGCAUUGGUGGCAUUGGACGCGAUAGUGUCCUAAAAUUGUUCAAUAAAUAUAGAGAGGUGGAAAUUUUAGAAAGAAUAAGAUCUUGGCGACAUGAAGACAGUAAAUAUACUGCAUUGGAGAUGCGUGUUGAUGAUAAAAUGAUUUGCAGUAAUUGUGGACACAUGGGACGUACACAAAGUCAUACAAAGAGUGGAUGUGGGAUUUGCCGCACUAGCCACGGUUGCGAUGAAAGUCUAUGGAAGGAAGAACGUUUAUCUUUAAAAUCCGAACUGAUGCUUCGUAAGAAAGCUUUGGCUGAUCCCUCUUUUCCAUCUGAAGAAAUAAUCACGGAAUUUCUUAACGAACCUACCACUAUGCCCAGAUUAAAUAUGAUUUGGCAGCAGCCUAACAUAGUAAAGUUUGUAAAACAAAUCGGACACCUUCUCCAAUGGACUGAAAUUUAUUGCUUUCAAAAAUUUCUACCGAUUUUGGCACGUUGGCAGUUACGAAACAUGCAACGUAUAAAGGAGUUGAAUGCAGUCACAUAUUUAUCUGUCAAAGAAAUAUUAAAAAAACGCAUUGUGCGUGGAGUAAUCAGCCUUGAAAUCAUUUGGCAGGAUGAGCGUGGUUUCUUUAAUGGCCUCAUACCACAGGAACAGCUGCACGAUUUCGAACAAGAAAAUCCCAAAGGGCUUAUAGAACUUUGGAGUACGGUAGAACCACUUUGUUUGGUUGAAAAUGCUUAUCCAAGCAUUGUAACGACAUUCAUGAAAUCGAAAGAAAAACCGCCGAAAGCAGCUAAAACUCGUCGAAAAGCUAAAGUGCCUGAUAAUAAGGGGGUACUCAGUUCAUUAGAAAAUCUUACUGAUUUAAUAACAGCCACUGAAGAAGUAGCUAAAAAUAUUAAACAAAAACCCAAAAGGCAAUCAAAACGUACAAACCAAAAAAAAGGCUUGCAAUUGAUUGAUAAAUUCUUCAAGCAACAAAAACAUUCUCCUCCAUCUAAAGUAUCAGCUGAGGUUCACACACCAAGGAAAAAACAUACAUUUCAUGUUAUCACACAGUGCUCUACACCGGUAACGAAAGCCUUGCCGUCGGAUUUAGAAAGUGACUGCGACGAAUUAACCCACAAUAUAUCAGACAUUGUAAAAGGAAUCGUUUGUGUCAAUGACCGAUUUGGGGAUCUUACAACUCAUAAAGGCCGGCCAUUACGUUACGAACCGCUUUCAAAAGACUUGAGUCUUUUAUUGAAUGAAUGGAGUAUAAAAGAUGAUUUAGAUUUAAUAAGCCAAAAGAGAAAUUUAUCAAUUUGCUCUCAAAAAGAUGAAAAUAGUUCGCCUUUAUCGAAACGUAUAUCCUUAGAUGAUAGUUUCGAUGCUUUGGUCAAUGCGAAGCGCCACAAAUUGCAUAGUUUAACAGAAAAAGCCAAAAAAAUGAAUUUGUUUAACGCUCUAGCCUCACCAGUAGGCACAGUAAGGACACAUUUAGAUCGCUUUAAAGAACGAAAUUUUUUACAAUCUUCACCAAAGCAAGCACAGCAGAAUAGUGAAAAAGAAGAUGACGUCGGUAUGCGAGCGAAUGAAGAAGCUCAAAAUGUCAGUUACUUCUUCGACAAAAGUAAUUAUGAAAACGACGAGUUCGAGAAGUUAAUGGACUUGAGCAUAUCGAGUAAACCAACAAAGAGCACCGAUUACAAUGAUUCAAUUGAUUGCUUCGUUAUUAGCGAAAGCAGUGACGAAUGUUGAUGGUUUCUAACGCUAUUUUAAUUUAUUUAUUUUUAUUAGUAAUGUAGCACGUUUCUAGGAUGUAUGAUAUGCUAAUAUUGUAUUAAUAAACAUAAGUAAAUUGUGAUAAUUUGAUAAUUCGAAAAACAUACGUAGUUGUCAACGUUCAUUAUUAGAUAAAAUUAAAUCUCACCACAUUGAAAAUGCACCUUGUCAUACUUUUAAAAAUUUAUUAUAUGAAUAUACU